AAUGUACUUGAAUGGCUCAGGUUCACACGCUACAACCCCUGCUGUGGACUUAAAUGCCAUAGAAAGUUUCACCAUUGCCAGCUGGGUAAAACUGCAGGAUCCACCCACUCAUCCAUCAACUAUUUACGGCUAUUGCCCAUGCCGAUGGAAAACUUCAUUUCAUGGUAGAAAAUAACCAAGGAACAAUCGAACCAUCUCUUAAUGCAGGGCUUCCUCCAAUUGAUCAGUGGUUUCAUGCCACUGUGGUCUGGAAAAAAAGCUCAAAAGCGGUUUUCUUGUUAAUUGAUGGUCGGUUGGUUGGGAACCAGGCCACUGUGCCGACCUACAUAACAUUCCAGGAUAGUUUCCCUUCGUCCUAUGAUAUUGGGCUAAAGAGGGACAUCGCCAACACAUCAUUAAGGGGACACUUGAGAGACUUGAUGAUUUUUGGAAGAGAUCUCACUGGUGAAGAGCUAGCUGAUAUGGCAGAUCCAUUUGGGGGAGUAUGGAUCGGUCUGAAUGACGUCACUUCGGAAGGAACAUUCAGUUGGCCUGACGGUACUCACGUGACCUACACUAAGUGGGCUUCCAGUCUGUCACACAACCAGAAUGAUAACCACGACUGCGUGAGAAUGACGGUUGAUAGGGGGGCUUGGGACGACACUAGCUGUGGAAAAGUACUCCCAUUUGUUUGUGAAAAGAAAAUCUAAACUGUCUGUCAACUCGAACUGAUCAAAGAGAAAGCAAGAUUUUGACUUAAG